GACCGUCAUGCACCGCGGCUGUACUCAGCCACGCGACAUCAACACAUCACAAUUAAGGCGCGCGGCGUGUCAAGCUCGGUCUAUGGCCGCGGGAUUUGUUUUGGGACACACGUUGGUGGCUCAUGUCCAGCGCCUUUGCCGUCUGCCAAGGGUCGUCUGAGUUGGACUGUUGUGGGGGUCUGAAUAACGUGGAUUACAGCAAGGUUGAUGUCUCAGUAAUGGCUGAUGCUCUUCAAUACCUCGACAUCACAGAGACCUCGUUCGGCGUCUCAGCGUUUGCCGUUUGCUUCAACCCCUUCUUCUGGAAUGUCGUGGCCCGUUGGGAGCACCGGACUCGCCGACUCAGCAGGCUCUUCGGAUCACCCUACAUGGCCUGCUACUCGCUGGCGUUGGUCAUCGUCCUGCUCAACAUCCUCCGUAGCCACAGCUUUGCAGCUGCGAUGAGAGCUCAGCCCAGGCUGCCACUCCUGGAGAUCCCUGAACUGUACUGGGUGGGCCUGCUGGUCCUGGCCUGUGGGUCUCUCCUCGUACUCAGCAGUUUCUGUGCGCUUGGCUUCACAGGGACCUUUCUGGGUGAUUAUUUUGGCAUCUUAAUGGAGGAGAAGGUGACCCGCUUCCCUUUCAGCCUGAUGGAAAACCCGAUGUAUUCGGGGAGCACCGCCGUCUACCUGGGACUGGCUUUAAUGAAUGCCAGCCCCACCGGAAUGAUCCUCGCCUGCCUCGUUGCUGUGACCUACAAGGUUGCCAUCUCCUUUGAAGGGCCUUUCACAGAGGAGGUCUACCAGCAGAAGAACAAAUAAGAGCCCAGGACCUCGGGACACUCAGGCGUCAUGGUGCCAACACCACAGGGCACUUGCUCCUCUACUAGGACUGAAAAGAAGAUAUCGUGUUCCUUCUGGGCUCAGAGUGCCCACGGGCAUCAAAAUAAAUGUGCACAUUGCACUUGGAGUAUCUCCUCUUCAGGAA